CCGCAAUGCUGCUGUCAGUGGCCGCGCGCGGGCACACGAGAGGAUAAAAGAGAGGGAAGCAGACCUGCGGCCGUCCACUCGAUUUCUUCUGCGGCGAUGCGCUGCGUGUAAUGCAGAUCUCUCCCUCACCAGUCUAGCAGACGACCGCAUAUAUAUAUACAGAACCAGCAGACGACGCAGUCAGUUCAGGAAAGAGCGAGUCGAGCUCAGCAGACGAACGAGAGCCGACGUACCUAUAUAGUAGCCGCAGUAGUAGGCCAGUGCCUCUCUCGCAGGGCAGCAGUAGUUCGACGACGUCUCUCCAUCUUACGCCAGCCAAAGUCAGACAUCCUCGCCAGUAGCAGCGACGCAAGUGGAUAGAAAGAGCGAAGCCGAGGAGUAGCGCCAAUAACGCGGAAACACGCACAUCAAAUACCAGCACGCAGGCGUAGCGCGCGCGGGAGACAGAGAGCCUUUUUAAAUAUAGGCUCGAGCUCGGUGCGGCGGCGAGCCGGAGCUCAGUCGCGUGUCGUGCAUCGGCGGCAACAGUGAAUAUCUUGCAUCUACACUCUCUUUUCGAGGCAGCGAAUAAAGGACAGGAGGCAGGAUGGACGCCGAGGCUUUCCUGGACAUGGCCAAUCAGGUGGUCAAGCUCAAGAUGUACCCGUACUUCGACAUAGCGCACAGCGUGCUCUGCGCGCUGCACGUCCGGGAGGACUUGGGACCGGGAGCUCAGGCAUUUUCAAGGAAGCAUCCCCUGUCAUGCUGGCUGUCGACGAUGCUGGUAGUCUUCGCCGGUGGUAUGCUCUGCAAUGCCCUGCUCGGAGAACCCAUUUUGGCACCUUUGAAAAACGGGCAACAAGUUCUCGUGGCCACUGUUGUUUGGUACGUCAUAUUUUACACGCCGUUUGACAUUGGUUACAAAGUCGCCAAGUUCUUGCCGGUGAAAAUUAUCUGCGCGGCAAUGAAGGAGAUCUACAGGUGUAAAAAGGUUUACGACGGUGUCACCCACGCCGGAAAGCUCUACCCGAAUGCAUACCUCAUCAUGAUACUCAUUGGAACACUCAAAGGAAACGGAGCCGGUUUCACGAAGCUGUUCGAGCGUCUGAUCCGAGGAGCCUGGACACCUACUGCAAUGGAGUUCAUGCAGCCGAGCUUCCCCACGAAAGCGUCUAUGGUUGCCUCUAUUAUUUUCGUCCUGGACAAGAAGACUGACCUUAUUUCCGCGCCGCACGCAUUGGUCUACUUUGGCAUCGUCAUAUUCUUCGUUUACUUUAAGUUGUCGUCCAUACUGCUGGGUAUCCACGAUCCCUUCGUGCCGUUUGAGAAUUUGUUCUGCGCUUUAUUCUUGGGUGGCAUAUGGGAUUCACUGGCCAAGAUUUUGGGUCGUGGACAGGCCAAAGACGAAAAGGCCGAUCCGAAGAAAACAAACUAAGACUAACCACGAGUCGGACUGAAAGAACGUUUCUACGUUUUUUUUACUUUGAAAGCCUUGAUUUCAUCAAAGGCGUCGAAUCCCGAAAUGAUGCGACGUAUACAUUGCACAUAAACUAAAUACGCCGAUUUGUACUAGUCUAUGUGUAAUUUCUACGUGAUUUCUUUUCUAAGACAGACGAUAUUGUAAUUCAUCCAAAGCGUAACUGCGAUACAAAGCGGUUUGUAAUUUAAACUAGUCAAUGGUUUGAUUCCUAAGGAAGGACAAUUGACCGAUGGUUGAUAUGGAAAAGUACAAUAAUAUAUUUUUUUUUUAAAUUUUAUCGAAUAGCUUUCACUGAAAGUUGCAAGAUGCGAACAGCGAGAAAACAGUAUUAUAACUACUGAAUCGGAAGAAGAAUAACAUUUCGUUACAGAUUAUUAUAUUGCAUAUUAUACAUCACUUUUAAUGCAUAAUAAUCUAUAACGAUAUGCGAUUAUUUUUCUUGGAGAAAGUGAUGUUCUCAGCCACGGUGAAUCUUGCUAGAAAUAUAAAUUUCAAGGUAAAAAGUUUCUGAUGAAUAAAGCUUUUAAAUCGGUUGAACCUUGCAAAUCGUGAGCAAUGAAGUUCAGCAUUUAAAAGUUUAUUCAUCCAAGAUUGGUGAUCGAAUUCAACAAAAUUUAAAAAUUCAUAAUUUAAAAUAGAGUUCAAGCAAAUGUAAUUCAUAGGUUAAAUUUUACCAUUAUUACAUAUUUUAAAGUGAAAUUGACGUUUUCAUAGUAGUAUACUUUUUUUUGUAGAAGCAAACUCGAGAGCGUGUCCUCGAGUCAACUAGCUUUUUUUAUUGACAACAAAUUUUUUUCUACAAUGAAAAAUAAAAAAAAUCUUCCUGCGUUAUUUUUAACGUAUAUAAUACUGUAGUCUUCUAAAUAUGCUGUUUUCCUUAUAUAAUUAUAGCGUUAAAGUGUAAGUUGAAUUUUGCUUAGUUUAAGUGCAUCUAUUACUAUUUGUUAAAACGAAAUAAUCACGAUUUUAUACACCAUGAGUGAAUUUCACAAACAAUCUAUAAUGUAACGUCCGUAGAUCAGACUUUUUAAACGAAAUUAUGCGUAAGUAAGUGCCGUACGUGAUUUUUAAUGCUUUUCUAUUCAGAUGCGUAGCUGUAUUAGCGAGUGCCCAGCAGAUUUUAUCACCGAUUGAAAUUAUAAAUAAUACACAGAUGUAAGAAGCGUUUUAUUUAAACUUUGUUGACAUUUCGUAUGGAAAUUACGUACUUAUAUUAUACAAAAGGGACAUUGCAAUAUUUCACUUUAUUCAAAUCUCGAAGGUGAAAAAUCUUCACUGAAAUCUAUAACUCCUGAGCAAUACUUAUCAUAGAUUUCAUUAAUAUACUCAGAAGUAUUUCAACGCGUGCAAACUCUUUACCACUGUUGCAUCUACGAGAGUCCAACUUAUUUUCUUCAGGCUAAUGUAUUCUAUAGCGUGAAAACGAAUUUAGUAUAUUUUACAUAAGGAUUGAAAUUUAUUGUAAAAAAGUUGUAUGACAUAAAAUUCAUGUACAUUGCAAAAUGUAAAAAAUGUAUGCCAACGG